AUGAGCGUCACUAAAGCGACCGCCGGGGCCUUGUGCCUCUCCUCGGCCACUCUCAUCCUAUCACUUUACGCGAUUUAUGCAAUUUACUCGGAUGUUCAGUCUAUCUGGUCGGAAUUGGAUCAAGAAAUGGAUCAGUUCAAGGUAGCCACGGAUGAUUUAUGGACCCAAAUGCUUAGCCUUGGAGCAGCAACCCCUUCAACUCGUCAGCGACGGCAGGGCAAAGAGCAGUACGGUGGUUAUGAAGCGCAGGGUGUGAAUCCAGGCCCCACCUGCAUGUGCAACUCUGGAAAUGGAAAGGGAGAUGAUGCUCUUGGCACUGGAGGUUGUCCAGCGGGACCACCGGGACCAGCUGGUGCUCCUGGACCUGAUGGAAUUCCUGGAGUUGAUGGACUCGAUGGAUAUCCUGGAAAUGACGCUGAUGACGCGCAGAACGCGCCGUUCAAUGGGUGCAUCACGUGUGCUCCUGGAAAGCCAGGAGCGCCGGGAGAGCGAGGAAAACCAGGAAUGCGCGGAAUGCGAGGAGCGCGCGGAACACCGGGAGCGCCAGGAAACGAUGGUAAUCCUGGAAACCCAGGACAAAUGGGACCACCUGGACCACCAGGUGAGGAUGGCAAACCGGGAGCACCGGGAGAGAAAGGAGCCGACGCCGAGCAGCUCACACCGCGCAAAGGACCACGAGGACCUCCAGGUGACUCAGGACCAGCUGGUCCAGAAGGAGAGCCUGGAAAGCCAGGAGCGCCUGGAGAAGAAGGACCGCCAGGACCUGACGGAACCGAAGGAUUCAUGGGACCCGGUGGGCCACCAGGUGAAGAAGGAAAGGAGGGACAAGCCGGAAAAGUUGGAGACGAUGCGACAUAUUGCCCCUGCCCAGACCGAAAUGCUCCGAAAGAGGACAGCUACUCGUCGGCACCAGCGCACAAUCCGAGCAGCAACAAUGCUCCCGGAGCAAGCUAUUCCGCCGGCACCGGUGGCUAUUCUGGCGGCACCGGCCACGCCGCCUCGAGCUAUGGCAAAAAAUAA